UUCUCCAACAACACUACUACUCAAAAAAAAAAAAAAAAAAAAUAUCUAGAACAUACUCUCUUUCUUCUUCUUCUUCUUCUGAUUCUUCUCUCUCUCUAUAUAUAGUUACGUACUUCUCCUUCUCCUAAUUCUCAUCCCAAUUUCUCUUUUUCUUUUCCGGCCAUGGAAGUACUAGGUGAGUCGCUAUGUUAUGACAGAGCCAGGGAAGUGAAACUGUUCGAAGAAACAAGAGCCGGAGUCAAGGGUCUUGUUGAUUCCGGAGUCACCAAGGUCCCCAGAUUCCUCAUCCACCCACCGGAGAGUUUCAAAGAAAGCUCUCCGGUGGCGGAGGAGGAGGAGGAAGAUGAUGACGACGACGGUGUACUUGAUGAUGAUGAUGAGUUUGAUCAAGUCCCGGUCAUCGAUCUCGACGGCUACGAUGAUGAUGAGGAGAAGGAUGGUGUUGGCCGCUCUACCAGACGAGCUGAGGUUGUUAGAAAAAUCAGAGAAGCAGCUGAGUCGUGGGGUUUCUUUCAAAUGGUCAAUCACGGUGUCCCUGAUGCCGUACUGAACGGCAUGUUGGAAGGUAUACGAGAGUUUCACGAGCAGCCGAACGAGAGUAAGAUAGCCUGGUACUCUAGAGACCCUAAGAAAAGAGUGAGAUUCUACUGUAAUGGGGAUUUGCUCGUUUCCAGAACAGCCAACUGGAGAGACUCCAUUAUCUUCGAUUUCCAAGACGGUCCUUUAGAAAAGGAAGCCUUUCCCUCAGUCUGCAGGGAGAGAGUAGAGGAGUACAUGAAGCACGUGUUGAAGCUGAGACAAGUGUUGUCGGAGCUUCUAUCGGAGGCUCUGGGGCUGAGCAAAGACUACUUGGGAAGAACAGAGUGUAUGAAGAGUGAGACUCUGGUGUGUCACUAUUACCCGCUUUGCCCCGAGCCCGACUUGACCCAAGGCACUACCAAGCAUUCCGACCCAUCUUCUCUGACCCUUCUUCUUCAGGACCACAUGGGCGGCCUCCAAGUUCUCCGCCGGAACCGCUGGGUCGACGUUCCGCCCUUGCCCUCUGUUCUGGUCGCCAACGUCGGCGACCUCAUGCAGUUAAUAACAAAUGACAAGUUCAAAAGUGUGGAGCAUAGAGUGCUGGCAGGGAAGCAUGGUGCGAGGGUAUCGGCAGCAUGUUUUUUCUAUCCAAGCGCCACGCACAGACACAAACCGUACGGACCCAUUAAAGAAUUUCUGUCCGAGGAGGAGCCACCUAAGUACAGAGAAACUAAUAUAUCUGAUUAUCUUGCUUAUUACAGAUCCAAGGGUCUCGAUGGAAACUCUGCUCUUCCUUAUUUUAGGAUUUAAUUCAUAAUGUAUUACGAACCCAUUAUUAUAAUUAAUAUUGCUAAUUAUAUAUUAGCUAGAGUACUCAAAUUAAGUAAGUAAUUAAUAUCUUAUUAUCCAUCUAUA